GGACUCGCUGCCCCGCGCGCCCUUCCGCUUCCGGUCUGCGCGAGCCAACGAGGCCGAGUCCUGCUGCGUGAGGCACCACCGUCGCCGCGAUGCCGACGGGGGACUACGACUCGAAGCCCAGCUGGGCCGACCAGGUGGAGGAGGAGGGAGAUGACGACAAAUGCAUCACCAGCGAGCUGCUGAAGGACCUUCCCCUGAAAGACCUUCCCCUGAGCGGGGGGCUGAAGGACACUCCCUCGAGCGGGGGACUGAAGGACACCUCCCUGAGCGGGGACCUGAGCGCAGACGUUGAGCUGCUGAAAGGAGGUCCCCUCCCAUCCCCAAAAGAGCUCAUCAACGGGAACAUCAAAACCAUCACCGAGUACCGGGAGGAGGAGGAUGGGCGCAAGGUGAAGAUCAUCCGCACCUUCCGAAUUGAGACCAGGAAGGCCUCCAAGGCUGUGGCACGGCGGAAGAACUGGAAGAAAUUCGGCAACUCUGAGUUUGAUGCUCCGGGCCCCAAUGUGGCCACGACCACGGUGAGCGAUGACGUCUUCAUGACCUUCAUCACCAGCAAGGAGGACCUGAACUGCCAGGAGGAGGAGGACCCCAUGAACAAGCUGAAGGGGCAGAAGAUCGUGUCGUGCCGGAUCUGCAAGGGCGACCACUGGACGACGCGCUGCCCCUACAAGGACACGCUGGGCCCCAUGCAGAAGGAACUGGCUGAGCAGCUGGGCCUGUCCACGGGCGAGAAGGAGAAGCUUCCAGGAGAACCGGAGCCGGUCCAGGCCCAGCAGAGCAAGACGGGGAAGUACGUCCCGCCCAGCCUGCGUGACGGAGCCAGCCGCCGCGGGGAGUCCAUGCAGCCCAACCGCCGGGCCGAUGACAACGCCACCAUCCGGGUCACCAACCUGUCGGAGGACACGCGGGAGACCGACCUGCAGGAGCUGUUCCGCCCCUUCGGCUCCAUCUCCAGGAUCUACCUGGCCAAGGACAAGACCACGGGGCAGUCCAAGGGCUUCGCCUUCAUCAGCUUCCACCGGCGCGAGGAUGCUGCCCGCGCCAUCGCCGGUGUCUCCGGCUUUGGCUAUGACCACCUCAUCCUCAACGUGGAAUGGGCCAAACCCUCCACCAACUGAGGCCGGCGCCCUGCCUGCUGCUGCGCCAGGAACGGCUGAUGCUGUUGGGAGACUUGGUUGUUAAUAAAGGUUCAUCCCAGCC